AUGAGUCUGGAAGUCAUUUAUGUGACCCGACAUGGGUUCCGAUCCAACUGGGUCGUCGACCCCAGAACGGGCGAAUACAGCGCCUCAAUCCCCUCGCCGACCGGCAUCGCCAGCGACCCCUCCCUCGCCGGCUACGGCGUCGCACAAUCCCACGAACUCGCCCUGCACCUCCAAGCCCUCGACCCGCCGAUCCAGCGCAUCUACUCCUCCCCCUUCUACCGCUGCGUGCAGACCAUCAGCCCGACGGUCGCCGCUCUCGCCGCCACGUCCCCCACCGACCCCGAGACGGCCAAGGUCCGCGGCGAGAAUGGCAUCGGCGAGUGGUACGGCAUGGCGCGGUUCGACCACCCGUCGCCGGCGGAGCCGGCCGCCCUGAAGGCGCUGUUUCCGCAUUACGACGAGGGGUACAAGGUGGCGAUCAAGCCGAGCGUGAACGGGGAGACGAUUGACGAGCUGCAUGAUCGGACGGCGUAUGCGCUGCAUCGGAUUAUCGAGCAGUGCGAUCGGGAGGGAGUCAAGGCUAUUGUGCUGUGCACGCAUGCGGCGACGCUCAUUGCGAUCGGGAGGGUCCUGACGGGACGCAUGCCGGAGGAUAUUGCGGAGGAGGACUUCCGACCGUUUACCUGUGGCUUGAGUACUUUUGUGAGAAGGGGGAGGGGGAAUAUGGAGACAACGGUGAAGGAGUGGGAGGGUCCUGAGACGGGGAUUCCUAAGGUUGAUUGGAAGGAUGGGAAUGGGGUUGGUGGUGGGUGGAAUGUCACAAUUAGCGGUGACUGUAGCUUCUUGAGCGGUGGUGAGGAGAGAGGUUGGAGGUUCUCUGGUGAUGAGUCUUUUGAUCUUCCUGCUGGUCAAGCUCCAGCCCUCGAUGCGGGAUCUGGACUUGGAGUUUUGGUUGAAGGUAACAAGACACGGACUAGUUUGACUGGCUCCUCAGGACCAUCACGAUUGUGA